AUGUCUUCCAUGCAUGCUUUCGCCCAUGGAUCUUCCUCGGAGUCUUCUGGCGACGAGGAUGAUUUCUUCCAUCCUUCCACCGAUCCCCAUGCCGACGAAUUCGCAGAUUACAACCCUCGCAAGCGGCGGCGCACAGGUCGUGAUGCGAAGGAGAGUGCUGCAUUGGGUGUGUUUGGUUCAGAAAGCGAAGAUGAAGUCGGUCCCGGUAAGCGGUGGAAGAAGAAGGACUUGAGGAGCAAGGGAAUGUCCUUUGUUUCAACUGGACAGCACAAAUUAGAUAAGGAUGAAGACGAGGACGAGGAAGAUGAUGAGCCCGCAGAGGAAGAGGAUGUGAAUAUGGACGAUGCAGAAGAAGAGGAAGAGACUGCCGCCCCGCGAGGCUUGGGAUUUGGUGCGAAAGGACUCGGAUUCCAAAGUCCUGCGGUUGGAAAGAAGAUCAACAAUGCGCCCAAGAAUAGUACUCCAUUGGGGAGAGGUUUCGUGCCAUCUUCCGCUGCUGCGCCUAUCUUAUUGAACAACGGCGAUGAUGAUGUCUCGACGCCUAGAAUUGGCAAGGGGACGAAGGGUGCUCCCUCUGGAGCCAAUGCAGGAUCAUUUGCAGCCAGGAUGAUGGCCAAGAUGGGCUACAAGGAGGGUGAAGGUCUUGGAAAAGAAGGCACGGGAAGAGCAAGUGUCAUUGAGGUCACUCUACGGCCCCAGGGAGAGAUUGAAGAGGAGAAGCGUCAAGCAAAACUCCGUGGGGAGAAGUAUGAAGAUUCGGAUGAAGAGAAGAAGAAGAAGCGCCGGAAAGCGAGGACGGCUGGAAUUGAGAGUGGAAGUGGUAGUGGGAUGAGCACACCACGGAAAGCCCAGAAGCCAAAAUUCCGGACCUUGGAGGAAGUUCAAAGAGCAGCUCCCGGAUUACAGAUCCCUGAAGCUUUUGCUCCGAUUCUGGAUAUGACUGCACCAGGCCAGCGGCUGCUGACUUCCACCUCGGGACUCCUUACCCCCACCACUGGAAUCGAGAGCGUGGAGCAGAUUGAGUCAAAGAAGUUGGCGAGACGGGCUCAAAAUGACCUAUCCGCCUAUGUUGAGGAGUGGAAAAACCUGGAAGAACGCAAAGCGUAUAUCGAGAUGACCAUUGUUCAACAGCAACAAGAAUUAGACGAAGAACAGCUCGAAUUUGAUAGGAUGAAGUCUUUCGCGGAUACUGUUCAAUCGAUCUCGCAAGCUGUGAAGGACUUUCAAUGGGAUCCGGUGAUCGAAGCUCUCACCAGCGCAGAUGUCUUGGUAGAUCCCGGACCUUCCAAAACCAACGAAGAAUUAUCAAGCAUUGCAGUCGCGGCAGUCCAUCCAUUUCUACGGCAAGCCACUGAAGGCUGGCAGCCUCUCGAAGAUCCAAAACUCACAGGCAUUGCACCACAACUGUUCAAGAUCCGACACAUACUAGGAGUAACAUCCAGCAAUGAGAAAUCAUUAGCUGAUCAGUAUCUCAGAAAUGACGGAUCUCAUCGUAUUCAUUCAAAAUCAACGAGCGCGUACGAAAGCAUGAUUUACAAAAUCAUAUUUCCCAAGGUUGUGUCAGCCAUCAAUCAGAGCUGGGAUGUCUACGACCCUACACCUCUUCAAGCACUCUUCGAUGCCUGGGAGGGGUUGCUGCCAUCAUUCGUUCGAUCGCAGAUACUUGAUCAGGCCGUGGUGGGCAAGCUUAAUCAAGCAGUCUCAUCGUGGAAUCCCAAGAAAAAACGGACCCACGAGUUGCCACAUCUAUGGCUCUUCCCUUGGCUACAAUAUUUACCUGCUCACCAUGCGGACCCUAAGAGCUCUACAGGUCUUGUCAGCGACGUCAAGAGGAAGUUUAGACAAUUAGUGGAUACUUGGGAUUUCCGUAAAGGAGUUGUUCCAGGUUUGCAACAGUGGCGUGAGGUUUUAUGUCCUAGUCCGAGUAACGACCAAUGGACACCACUCAUCAUGAAUCAUGUCAUUCCCAGUAUGGCACGGUUCCUGAAGAACGAGAAGAAUUUUAUGGUUGAUCCCAAUGAUCAGUCUCCAUAUGUGUCGAGCCUCCAAGGUGUCUUUGCCUGGAAAGACAUUCUAAAGCCUCGCAUCGUUGGUCAGGUGAUUGCUGAUACAGUCUUCCCCAUGUGGCAUAAUGUUUUGCAUCAAUGGCUCACUGUGGUUGGACCAAACGAAGAGAUUGGACAGUGGUUUGAAUGGUGGAGGGACGAAGUAUUUCCUGACGAUAUCAAGAAUCUCAAAUCCAUUCGAGACGAGUUCGAAAAGGGCCAUGAGAUGAUCAACCAAGCUCUGGAUCUGGGGUCCAAAGCAUCAACUAUGCUACCAGCACCACCACAGACGCAACGCAUUUCCAUGUCUUCACCAGCUCCCAUCACGCCAGCAAAACCUGCCGCGCCAGUUGUGGAGGAGACGACUUUUAGACACAGAGUCGAAGACUGGUGUAUUGAGAACGAUCUGCAAUUCCUGCCUGAGAAGAAGGUGCUGCAUUCCGCUGGUCCAUUGUAUAGAAUCACAGCUGCUGGGAAUGGGAAGAAUGGAACUCUGGUGUACUUCAAGGGAGACAGCCUUCUGGCUAUCUCGAAGAAAGGUGCGGAGCAGGUCGAUAUUCGGAUUAACUGGGAGAACGCAGAUGCCAGAGACGCUUUGCUGGAGAUGGCAUGGUAUAAUGUCAAGUAAUGCAUGGGUUGAAGGACUGGAAACAUCCUCAUAGAUAAUUCUGAGUGAG